UAUGAAUAGAAAAAGAGAAAAUUGGAGGGAAGUUGUGAUGGUCAGAUUCUGAAAAUCCGAAAGAAAAAGAAAACAGAUAAUAGAGAGGAAAAGUGUGAAUCGGAGAGGAAAAUGAAUUCCCUGGCCACUCGAUCCUUCACAUCCAAAUCCUCCCUCUUCCUUCUCUCUCGAUUCACCCAAUUUUUCUCAACCACCCCCACCCCAUCACCUCCCCACUCCGAUUUCCAGAAUUACCCACCAACCCUUGAUGGCUUGCGCCGCCGCCUUGCUGCUGAAUCCCCCACCUUGGCCCACUUCAUCAAGCUCCAGUCCGACCAUUCUUAUUCCGUCGAGGUUGGCACCAAGAAGAAGCCGUUGCCCAAGCCCAAAUGGAUGAAGGAGUCCAUCCCCGGUGGGGAAAAGUACACUCAGAUCAAGAGAAAAUUGAGGGACUUGAAAUUACAUACCGUUUGUGAGGAGGCUAAGUGCCCUAAUUUGGGGGAGUGUUGGUCUGGAGGUGAGACGGGAACUGCAACUGCCACCAUUAUGAUUCUUGGUGAUACUUGUACUCGCGGCUGCAGAUUUUGCAAUGUAAAGACAUCACGCACUCCGCCUCCUCCUGAUCCAAAUGAGCCCACAAAUGUUGCUGAGGCAAUAGCUUCAUGGGGUUUGGAUUACGUGGUGAUUACUAGUGUUGAUCGUGAUGAUUUACCUGAUCAAGGAAGUGGUCAUUUUGCAGAGACGGUGCAGAAACUUAAGACGCUGAAGCCAGCUAUGCUUAUAGAAGCUUUAGUUCCUGAUUUUCGCGGAAACUCUGGCUGUGUCGAAAAAGUUGCUAAAUCUGGGUUAGAUGUUUUUGCACACAAUAUUGAAACUGUUGAGGAGCUUCAGAGUGUAGUUCGUGAUCACCGUGCUAACUUCAAGCAAUCCCUGGAUGUCCUAGUGAUGGCAAAAGACUAUGCCCCACCAGGUACACUCACCAAAACUUCAAUAAUGUUGGGAUGUGGAGAAACACCUGACCAAGUAGUAAAAACUAUGGAGAAAGUCAGGGCAGCUGGUGUUGAUGUCAUGACAUUUGGUCAGUACAUGCGACCAUCAAAGCGUCACAUGCCGGUGUCAGAGUACAUAACUCCUGAAGCCUUUGAGAAGUAUCGGACUCUAGGCAUGCAAAUGGGAUUUCGGUAUGUAGCAUCUGGGCCCAUGGUGAGGUCCUCAUACAAGGCCGGUGAAUUCUAUAUCAAAUCCAUGAUAGAGUCAGAUCGUGCUGCAUCUUCUACAUAGAGGUCAACCUUCUGGUGAUUGACGGUCACUUAUGUAAAGUGAACACCCUUAACGCUGAUUUUCAAGAUUGGGAAAUAUUUCAUUCUUUUGCGAGGACACGCUUCACCCGCUUCUACGGACUCUUUUUCACCCUAGAUUCCAUUCUGCUAGAUGGCUUCUUCAUGUGGUUCUUGGACUUUUGUCAUUUCAAAUCAUGGUAUUUCUUAGUUGUACAUCCGGUUUUGGUGUAAAUUGCAAUUAGCAUAUUGAAAAGACCCCUCAGUUGGUCUUGCUACACAAAGGCUGAUGUUAUAUUAGAAAUCAUUACUGUAUGGAUAACUUUAAUAAAUGGUAUUCCAACAUGGUUGUGAUCCUAA